AUGGCUCGUCUCGCACCCUACCUCGAAGAACACAAGAACAUCACCGGUGCCGGUGAUGCCCGUCCCACGGCCAUCAAAAUCGUUGAAGACCAAGGCCUCGUUGGAAAAUGGGCUGGUAAGGUCGUCCUCGUCACGGGCUGCUCCCCGGGUGGCCUCGGCCCCGAGACCGCCCGCGCUAUGCACGUCACGGGCGCCGAUGUCUACAUCACCGUCCGCGAUGUCGCCAAGGGCGAGGAGGUCGCUAAGGACAUCCUCUCUGACGGCAAGCCUGGAAAGGUCGAGGUCAUCAAGCUGGACCUUGGCUCUCUUGAGAGCGUAAGACAGGGGGCCAAGGAGUUCCUCAGCAAGUCAGACAAGCUGAAUGUGCUCAUCAACAACGCCGGCGUCAUGGCUUGCCCCAAAGGCAAGACUGUAGACGGCUUUGAGACUCAGUUCGGCACCAACCACCUGGGCCAUUUCCUCCUUUUCCAGCUCCUCAAGCCCGCCCUCCUUGCCGCCUCAACGCCAGAGUUCAACUCCCGCGUAGUCAGCGUCUCCUCCACCGGCCACCGCAACGGCAGAAUCCAAUUCGAAGAUUUCAACUUUGACAGCACGGUCGAGUACCACCCCUGGGCUGCCUACGGCCAGGCCAAGCUCGCCAACAUCCUUUUCGCCAACGAGCUUGACCGCCGCUACGGCUCCAAAGGUAUCCACGCCCUCAGCUUGCACCCAGGCGGAAUCGCCACGCCGUUGCAACGCCAUUCCCCCGAUCUCCAGGAACUGGUGAAGAAGCCCGAGGUACAGGCGUUCCUCAAGAGCACCUCCCAGGGCGCGGCGACGUCGGUGUGGGCCGCCGUGGCGAAGGAGUUCGAGGGCCAGGGAGGGAAGUACCUGGAGGAUGUAAGUGUUGCGGAACCGGCAGCCCCGGAUGUGAAGCCCAGUGAUCCGGGCUACAUCCCGGCGGCGUACGACCCGCCAACGGAGAAGAGGCUUUGGAUUGAGAGUCUGAAGUUGGUUGGCGUUGAGGAUGACGCGUAA